AUGUUCCCUGCUGCUGCUCGUGGCCGGCUCUCUGUUCUUGGACGAGCUACAUCUGCUCUAGGCCCUGCCCGCACUACGUCUAUCACAAUGGCCUCUCGUCGAGCCAACUCGUCUGUUCCUCAAGGAUACAAGGAGGAUCUAUCCAAGGGGAAGAUGCUCAGAUUCGAGGAUUCUCUCCCGAGACUCCCAGUUCCAGCCCUUGAAGAAACCGGCAGACGAUACCUCAAAUCAGUCCACCCACUUCUCACCGAGUCAGAAUUCAAAAGGACCUCCAAGGCUGUUGAGGACUUCAUUAAACCAGGUGGUGAGGGAGAACCUCUCCAGAAGCGGUUACUAGCCCGCGCAGCCGAUCCUAAACAUGUGAACUGGCUUUCCGACUGGUGGAACGACGCCGCAUAUCUUGCCUACCGUGACCCCGUCGUGCCAUAUGUCAGCUACUUCUACUCGUACCGGGAUGACCGGCUGCGGAGAAACCCCGCAAAGCGCGCCGCUGCCAUCACUACCUCCGUACUGGAGUUCAAGAAACAGGUCGACGAUGGAUCUCUUGAGCCAGAGUAUCUGCGCAAGGAGCCAAUGGCUAUGAGCUCGUACCAAUACAUGUUCAAUGCCUGCCGUAUGCCCGCUAACAAGGCUGAUUACCCCGUCACAUACCCUGCCAAGGGCAAUGAACAUAUUAUUGUGAUUCGCAAGAACCAGGCCUUCAAACUUCAAACCCAUGUCAAUGGCCAGCAACUCAAUACCUCUGAGCUUCAGCACCAGUUCGAGAAAAUUUACCAAAACGCAGAGAAAGUCCACGCAGUUGGUGUGCUGACCUCUGCUAACCGAGACUUCUGGACCACCGCCAGAGAGAACCUCGUCAAAGCCAGCCCCGCCAACGAAGCGUCGUUGGAGACCAUUCAGAGCGCAUCAUUCGUUGUCUGCCUAGACGAUGCCUCGCCCGUCACUCUGGAAGAGCGCGCCCACGCCUACUGGCACGGCGACGGCUGCAACCGCUGGUUCGACAAGCCCCUCCAGUUCAUUGUCAACGAGAACGGCACCGCCGGCUUCAUGGGCGAGCACAGCAUGAUGGACGGCACCCCAACCCACCGCCUCAACGACUACGUCAACAACAUGAUCUUCAACAACCGCCCUCGACUACUCCAACCCAGAAAAUCCGGUCCAUUCUCCCCGACCCCCAGCCCAUCAAAUUCGAGCUCAACAAGAAAGCCAUUGACGACAUCGCCACAGCCACCCACGCCUUCACGACCGUCAUCGGCCAGCACGAAGCUGCGCGGCCCAAGCCUUCCAGGGAUACGGUAA